AAUUACGCAAACACCCCACAACCAAUCUCCAAAGAUCAGCUGACCUAAAACCAAAAAAACAUUAUCCGAACCCAAGACUCUCUCACAGGCAUGUGUCUAUGAUUUGUGGAAAUUAAACUGAAAUUUGAAGAAUGAGGUCCAUCCAUCACCACCAUCCACCACCACCACUCUCCACCUUGAAUCACCAGCAUGCACCAUCAGGAUCAGGUGGGGUGUUUCCAAGAUACAAUUUUUAUUUGCCAGUAGUAAAUCCCGUGAGGAGCAAGGCCAUGGCUAUCACCACCUCCAAUCUGGUGGUUCUCAGUGUCAAUUCACCCGCCACCACCGGAGAUUUAACAGUCUUGAUUCCCACAAGUCUGGCGUUCUUAUUUCUUUACUGGAUUGCCAACUUUGUGGUGCCAGGAUUCGUGAUGAAGGACCUCCAAUCUGACGAUGCAAGUAAAGAUGAAAACCCUAACGAGGAAGGAUUCAAGACGACCAGAAUGGUGAGGACAAUGAAAGAUCUUCUGAUGUCAUCAAGAGAUUCUUCACCUGUGAGGGAGAAAGCUGGUUUAAACUUCUCCACAGUGAAAUCAUUAGUACUGAGGGAUAAGGAAGAUAAGAUUGAUAUGGAGUUUGGUACUGAUGAGAAAGUCAAAGUUGUGUCACUUAUCAGUUCACUACUUGGUGCAGAAGGGCAUCUUUCUGGAAGGAAGAGUACGCCUAAAUUGGAGACAAAUCCAACAAUUAUAUCUUUGCUUAAAGACCUUCAUGCUGCCCCUCCUGACAGCUUUGUUGUAGAGCUUGCUGAAGCCAUUGGAUGCUUGAAAACUCUAAGGAAAAUGGCAUCUUUUUGGUACAGGGUUGUUGCAGAAUUGAGAAGACUAUGGUGUGAUGGACAGCAUAUUCCUGGCAUCCCAGUUGACAAAAUUCCAGAUUUGAACUGCUGUCUGCUGUAUCAACAGUUACAGAGAAUAAAAAAUCUCAACACCUCACCUCAGAAAUCUUUAUUAUAA